AUGUUCUCUGCCUCUCGUCUUCUCGCCGCUCUUUGUGCGGCGUCUGCUCUUCUCCUUACCGAGGCGCAGUCUGGGGCGUCCAUAAUCGCCGGUUCUCCUGUGAGCGCCGUAUGGCCACCCGCAAACGCGACCGAUACUGCUCUCGACAUCUUCUUCCCCGACGCGUCUGAGAUCGGCCACCCUGGUGCUACCCCCACUGGAGACGAGGCGUUCGCCGUGCAGACCGCACCGAGCGCUCCCCUCAAGGAGGACAUUCUCCCGCUGAUCGCACCGGGCGGAGCCCAAGUAGUUAUCAGCGACAACGCAACGACACCGUUCGAUGUUGCGCGCAGCUGGGGUAACCUCAGCCCGUACUGGUCCCUCGGUGGAGCCUGGGGCCUUCCGAACACAUCCGAGAUCAUCCCCGCCGGCUGCGAGCUCACCCAGGCCCACCUCCUCCACCGCCAUGGCGCACGUUACCCGACGUCGGGAGGUCCCCCUGCCGUUUUUGCAUCCAAGAUCCAGGCUGCGGCGAACUCAACCGGGUUCAACGCGACCGGUCCACUCGCGUUCCUCAACACUUGGACGUAUGAGCUGGGGGCGGAGUACGACUUGGGCGUCGCGUUCCGUGUCAAGUACGGCAACCUUCUCAAGGGCUUUACGGAUCUCCCUGUCUUCCGUACUACCUCCGAGCGUACUCUCAACUUCGCGGCGGGCUUCUUCGGUGUCCCGACCUACCAGACGGCCUACCACCAGUCGAUCAUGAUUGAGGACACAGGGUUCUUCAGCUCGCUCGCACCAUGGAACUCGUGCCCGAACGCGAACAACGCGAUCUCUUCACUCGGCUCGCUCGCGUCCGCAAACUGGACGGCGGUGUACCUGAACGACACCGUGGCGCGUCUGCAGCCGUUCAUCGAGGGUGUUACGCUCGACACAGCGACGGUGAUGCAGAUGCAGAUGACGUGCGCGUACGAGACCGAGGAGUGGAAGGGCUUCGAGUACGCCUACGACCUCAGCCUGUGGUACGGCAACGGCCCGGGGAACCCGGUCACCGCGUCGCUCGGUGCGGCGUGGUCGGCGGAGCUCCUCGCGCGCCUCACCCAGACCCCGCCCACGAACUUCACGGCGACGGCGAUGAACGGCACGCUCGACGGGAGCAACAUCACCUUCCCGCUCACGCAGCCUCUCUACGUCGACGCGACCCACGACACCGUCAUCUCCACAAUCACCACCGCGCUCAACCUGACCACGAUGGCCGCCGCGGGCCCGCUCCCAGUGGACCGCGUUCAGCCGAACCAGACGUACUUCGGCAACCAGGUGGUGCCGUUCGGGUCGAACCUGAUCGCGCAGGUCAUGAGCUGCCCGACGAUCGCGUCCAACUCCACCACCGCUUCGUCGUCUUCGUCGUACGCGCCGGCGGCCGCGGACUCGACGACGCAGUACAUCCGCUUCCUUCUCAACGACGGCGUCGUCCCUCUGACCGGCCUCGCCCACUGCGAGACGCCGAACUCUGACGGGCUGUGCGCGCUCACCAACUUCGUGCAGGGCUUGGCGGAGCGCCUGGCGGAGAUCGACUUCGAGUUCGACUGCUUCGCGAACUACUCCGCGCCCGUCCCGGAUCUGAUCGUCGACGGGCGGAUGAAGAAGUAG